AUGGAGCAACCCAGGGACAGGAAACCCUCUUCUGAGGACUCCGUUGCUCUCAACCCCACACCUUUCAACCUCGCCAACUCCAUCAUCGCAAACUGUCUCCCCAACAAUCCUUUCGAGUUCACGCUCAUAAAUCGUGGUCCAGGCAUCUUUGCUGCGGCCUUUGCGUCCUUUCCUCGUCUGCCUGGCGGCUUUGCGGCGAAGGCCGCUUGCCUGAACAGCGCUCUCCCGACCAAGAUGGAAACUGGCAUUGCAACUAACGAUGACGCGCACUCGUACUCGAGUUUCGCAUCUACGGUCAUGUCGUCAGAUCCCCUAUCGUCUUCCGGUUUGUCGACACCGUCGACUAUGGUCGGUGAUGAUUCGAUCGACUCGUCAUUUUUCUCCACUUCAGCUCCAUACUCUUCCCCCUACACGCCUCCGUGCGAUCUUCGAUUGUCAUUUAGAGACCCUGAGCAAGUGAUGAGUGAUGUCGACGAUACCGAGGAAGACCAGGACUCGAACAAGGAUUCAGAUUGCGACUUUGCAGCCAUUGAAAGUGACGAAGAGUCUGAUGGUGAAUCAAUUGGAUGCGUCGAAGAUAGCGACGACGAAAUGGAAUACGAAGAGUCCGAAGACGACGAUUCCUGUGUUGAUGAUGAAGAGUUUGAAGAAGAUGAUGACUCGAUUGAGGAGCAGUUAUCGUUCAUAUCUUUUGAACGCUCAGUCCACUUUUCUUCUGCUGCUGACGAAGUGAUACCUCAAACCGGCCCCCAAGAACCCCUCUUUGAUGCUGCUCCAGAGAUGACUUGCCACGAAAGGAUGAUGCUAGCAGACCAGUUGAAGCUUCGGCGGAUUGGAACUUGGGAUGAUGGAGGAGACUAUGACCCAGAGGAGCAUUCACGCGAGUCUUUGCAGCUAGACAAGGGCCUUCUGUUUGCUUAUAUCAAUGGCUUACGGACUUUGAACCUGAAUUAUUGCAAGACUGCUCUGCGAUCGCAAACGCUACACGCAAGCCGAGACGGGCUCGGGAGAUUGGAUGCACGGGUCGACAAGGAUAUGAAUGAAUAUUUGGGACGCAUCUCAGACCUUCUUCGAGGCAUUUUUCCCAACCUAUUUACCGACGACGAGUACACACAUAUUCUCGCACAGGCUGAAUCGGCAAUUUCUUUUGAUGACUAUGGCCAGCUGAUCUACGAAGCUCGGUCAACGGACGUUCAGCACAUGAUUAGGAGCUUGUUGGCUGAACGACUCGAUUAUGAUGAUAUGUUCCUGGAGGAGGAGAUGCUGGAGUGGUUUGCAGGCAACUUGAUUGCACCAUUGGGCCGUCAGGCGCUAUCCCGGCGGGAACAGAAGGCUUGA